GCAAGCACUGAGGCAGCAGCAACAAUAUGGCGACAAUCACAGUUUCUCCCGAAUCUUUUCGACAUCUGCAGUAGAGCAACGCCUUUCUGGGUUCCUUGUAAAUGCUUAUAAAAGCUGGUUUUAGUGGAUGGGCCAAUACUUAAAAAAGUAGCUACAGGAUGACAACAUGGCUGCUCCCCUUAUGGCACCACCAGGACCUGACAGCUUUAAAUAUUUUACCGCGGAAACAUUGGCUAACAUCGAGCUCCGGAUCAACGAGGAGAAGAACAAACCGGCGCCCAAACAGGACAGCAGUCACCGUGACGACGACGACGACAACAAACCCAAGCCCAAUGGCGACCUGGAGGCUGGGCGGAAUCUGCCCUUCAUCUAUGGCGACAUCCCUCCUGGAAUGGUGGCUACACCACUGGAGGACCUGGACCCUUUCUACCAGGCUCAGAAAACAUUCAUAGUGCUAAACAGAGGGAAGACAAUCUUCCGCUUUAGUGCCAACCCUGCCUUGUACAUCAUAAGUCCUUUAAAUCUUUUCAGGCGAAUAGCUAUUAAAAUUUUGAUACAUUCUCUUUUCAGCAUGAUCAUUAUGUGUACUAUUUUGACCAACUGUAUAUUCAUGACCUUUAGUGAACCUCCUGAGUGGUCCAAGCAAGUAGAGUACACAUUCACAGGGAUUUAUACAUCUGAAUGUCUUGUAAAAGUUGUCGCUCGAGGAUUCUGUAUAGAUGGGUUUACAUUCCUACGGGAUCCCUGGAACUGGCUGGAUUUCAUGGUCAUUUCUAUGGCAUAUAUAACAGAGUUUGUGGACCUGGGCAAUGUCUCUGCGUUGAGAACAUUCAGAGUUCUCCGAGCAUUGAAAACUAUCUCUGUCAUACCAGGCCUGAAGACCAUUGUCGGUGCUCUAAUACAAUCAGUGAAGAAAUUGUCAGAUGUUAUGAUCCUCACGGUAUUCUGUCUCGGUGUCUUCGCUCUGAUUGGACUACAGCUCUUCAUGGGCAACCUACGACAAAAAUGCGUGAUUUGGCCAAUCAACUCCACCGAGAACUUCUUGGCCAACGGCAGCUUAGGCUUCGACUGGAAUGAAUACAUCAAUAACGACAAAAAUUUCUACUUCCUGCCUAGGCAAUUGGAUGCCCUUUUAUGUGGCAACAGUUCAGAUUCUGGCCGCUGCCCUGAAGGCUUCACAUGCAUGAAAGCUGGCAGGAAUCCAAAUUACGGUUACACCAGCUUUGACAGCUUUGGAUGGGCUUUCCUGGCUCUCUUCAGACUCAUGACACAGGACUUCUGGGAGAACCUCUACAUGCUGACCCUGCGGGCAGCAGGGAAGACCUACAUGAUCUUCUUUGUGUUGGUGAUCUUCGUGGGGUCCUUCUACCUGGUCAAUCUGAUCCUGGCUGUGGUGGCCAUGGCCUAUGAGGAGCAGAACCAGGCCACCAUGGAGGAGGCUGAGCAGAAAGAGGCGGAGUUCAAAGCCAUGCUGGAGCAGAUCAAGAACCAGCAGGAGGCUGCACAGGAGGCCGCACAGUCCAACGCCAUGGCGACGUCGGCAGGCACCAUGUCGGAGGACGUAGGGGAUGAUGACGGCGGGGGGACCCUGUCCUGUAGCUCGUCAGAGAUGUCCAAGCUCAGCUCCAAGAGCGCCAAGGAGCGGCGCAACCGCAAGAAGAAGUGGCGCCAGAAAGAGCAGUUGCAGCGGGAGGAGAAGGGGGACUGCGAGAAGUUUGUCAAGUCCGAGUCGGACGACGGCAGUAAGAAGAGCCGCUUCCGUUUCCCUGACAACCGGCUAGGCCGCAAGUCUUCCAUCAUGAACCAGUCCCUUCUCAGUAUCCCCGGCUCACCGUUUCUGUCGAGGCACAACAGCAAGAGCAGCAUCUUCAGCUUCAAGGGCGUGGGCUCGGAGAACGAGUUCGCCGACGACGAGCACAGCAUGGUGGAGGAGUGCGAGGAAAGGCGGGGCCCCCGGUUCAGCCCGUACCGGCGGUGCAGCUACACGAGCUACCACCACGGUGGUGGGAAGAGGAACUCCACGGUGGACUGCAACGGAGUGGUGUCUCUGAUCAGUCCGGGGACAGGCGGACGCCUUUUGCCUGAGCCCACUACUGAGGUUGAGGUGAAGAAGAAGCUGUCUGGUUCCCUGAUGGUGUCUAUGGACCAGCUCAAUACCUCCUUCGGAAGGAAAGAGCGGACCAACAGUGUCAUGAGUGUCAUCACCAACACACUAGCGGAGGAACUGGAGGAGUCUCAGCGUAGUUGUCCGCCGUGGUGGUACAAGUUCUCCAACAUGGUCCUCAUCUGGGAGUGUUGUCCCAUCUGGUUGAAGAUCAAGGAGAUCGUCAACCUGAUCGUCAUGGACCCCUUCGUGGACCUGGCCAUCACUGUCUGCAUCGUCCUCAACACCCUGUUCAUGGCCAUGGAGCACUAUCCCAUGACCCCGCACUUUGAGGAGGUGCUGUUCGUGGGAAACUUGGUGUUCACAGGGAUCUUUGCUGUGGAGAUGUUUGCCAAGUUGGUUGCCAUGGAUCCCUACUACUACUUCCAGGAGGGGUGGAACUGCUUCGAUGGCUUCAUUGUGACUCUGUCCUUAGUGGAGCUGGCAUUGGCUGACGUGGAGGGGCUGUCCGUGCUCAGAUCAUUCCGAUUGCUGAGAGUGUUUAAACUGGCCAAGUCAUGGCCCACACUCAACAUGCUGAUUAAGAUUAUCGGUAACUCUGUGGGCGCCCUGGGAAACCUGACCCUCGUCUUAGCUCUCAUCGUAUUCAUCUUUGCCGUGGUCGGCAUGCAGCUGUUUGGCAAGAACUACAAGGACUGUGUGUGUAAGAUCGCCCUGGACUGUGAGCUGCCCCGCUGGCACAUGCACGACUUCUUCCACUCGUUCCUGAUGGUGUUCCGGGUGCUGUGCGGGGAGUGGAUCGAGACCAUGUGGGACUGUAUGGAGGUGGCUGGCCAGGGCAUGUGUCUCAUCGUCUUCAUGAUGGUCAUGGUCAUUGGGAACUUGGUGGUGUUGAACCUUUUCCUUGCCUUGCUGCUGUCCUCGUUCAGCGCAGACAAUUUAGCCGCAACAGAUGACGACGGAGAAAUGAACAACCUUCAGAUCUCCGUCAUCCGCAUCAAGAAGGGCAUCGCCUGGUUCAAGAUCAAGCUGGCAGAGUUGGUGCUCAGCUUGACCAAGAAGCCGCCGGUGGAGGAUGAACAGAAAACCGUAGACGACAUGUACGACAAGAAACUGAACUGUAUCGCCAACCAGAGUGGUGUGGAUAUCAACCGUGACCUGGACUACACCAAGAAUGGUAACGGCACGACUAGUGGUAUGGGAAGCAGCUUCGGGAGGUACUUGAUCGACGAGGACCACAUGUCGUUCAUCCACAACCCUAACCUGACCGUGUGCGUUCCUAUCGCGGUCGGAGAGUCUGACUUCGAAAACCUCAACACCGAGGAAUUCAGCAGCGAGUCGGAGAACGAGAACAGCAAAGAUCUGGAUGACACCAGCUCAUCAGAGGGCAGCACCAUAGACAUCAAGCCUGAUGUGGAGGUGGAGGCGGUGGUGGUGGAGGCUGAAGAAGUGUACUUAGACCCAGAAAACUGUUGGACACCUGAGUGUAUUAUCAAGUAUCCUUGCUGCGAUGUGCCCAUCACUCACGGGUGGGGAAAAUAUUGGUGGUUCCUGAGAAAGACAUGCUAUCUUAUUGUGGAGCAUAACUGGUUCGAAACCGUCAUUAUCUUUAUGAUCCUACUCAGUAGUGGGGCCCUGGCUUUUGAGGAUGUGUACAUUCAGCAGAGGAAGACCAUCAGGACCAUCUUGGAAUACGCCGACAGUGUGUUCACCUACAUCUUCAUCCUGGAGAUGCUGCUCAAGUGGGUCGCUUACGGAUUCCACAAGUACUUCACCAACGCCUGGUGCUGGCUUGACUUCUUCAUCGUCGAUGUGUCUAUAAUCAGUCUGGUAGCUAAUGCACUGGGCUACUCGGAUCUAGGUCCUAUUAAAUCACUAAGGACACUAAGGGCCUUGAGACCCCUCAGAGCCUUGUCACGUUUUGAAGGGAUGAGGGUUGUAGUCAACGCCCUGGUGGGAGCCAUCCCCUCCAUUAUGAAUGUGUUGCUGGUUUGCCUCAUCUUUUGGCUGAUUUUCAGUAUCAUGGGAGUCAACUUGUUUGCGGGCAAGUAUUACUACUGUUUCAACCAGACAGCAGAGGAGUACUUUGAGGCCAGAGAUGUCAACAACAAGACACAGUGCCUGGCCCUCAUUGAACAGAACUUCACUGAGGUCAGGUGGAAGAAUGUCAAGAUCAACUUUGACAAUGUUGGCGCCGGAUACCUGGCUCUGCUUCAAGUGGCAACAUUCAAAGGCUGGAUGGACAUCAUGUACGCAGCCAUAGACUCCAGAAGGGUGGAGGACCAGCCCAUCUAUGAAGACAACAUCUACAUGUAUAUCUACUUCGUCAUCUUCAUCAUCUUUGGAUCCUUCUUCACCCUCAACCUCUUCAUCGGUGUCAUCAUUGACAACUUCAACCAACAGAAGAAAAAGUUUGGAGGUCAGGACAUCUUCAUGACAGAGGAACAGAAGAAGUACUACAACGCCAUGAAGAAACUGGGUUCAAAGAAGCCCCAGAAACCCAUUCCCAGACCACAGAACAAGAUCCAAGGGUUGGUGUUUGACUUUGUGACCCAGCAAGUCUUCGACAUCUCCAUUAUGAUGUUGAUCUGCCUCAACAUGGUCACCAUGAUGGUGGAGACAGACGACCAGUCGGACGAGACGGAGAACAUCCUCUAUUGGGUCAACUUCAUCUUCAUCGUGGCAUUCACCACCGAGUUCGUCCUGAAACUCUUCGCCCUGCGCCACUACUACUUCACCAAUGGCUGGAACGUGUUCGACACGGUCGUCGUCGUCCUGUCCAUCGCGGGCAUGUUCCUGGCUGACAUCAUUGAGAAGUACUUCGUAUCGCCGACCCUCUUCAGGGUCAUCCGAUUGGCUCGAAUCGGCCGCAUCCUGCGUCUGAUCAAAGGGGCCAAGGGCAUACGGACUUUACUCUUCGCCUUGAUGAUGUCACUUCCUGCCCUGUUCAACAUCGGCCUCCUGCUCUUCCUGGUGAUGUUCAUCUUCAGCAUCUUCGGAAUGUCCAACUUCGGCUACGUCAAACACGGGGCCGGGAUAGACGACAUGUAUAACUUUGAGACAUUCGGGAACAGCAUGAUCUGCUUAUUCAUGAUCACCACGUCUGCAGGCUGGGAUGGUCUCUUGCUCCCCAUCCUCAACUACCCUCCUGACUGCGACUCAACCAUGGAGAACCCAGGUGCACCGUCUACAGGCAACUGCGGCAACCCCUCAGUUGGCAUAUUUUUCUUUGUGAUGUAUAUCAUUAUUUCCUUCCUUGUCGUAGUCAACAUGUACAUCGCCAUCAUCUUAGAGAAUUUCAGUGUAGCAACAGAAGAGAGCGCCGACCCGCUCAGUGAAGACGACUUUGAGACGUUCUAUGAAAUCUGGGAGAAAUUUGACCCCGCCGCUUCCCAGUUCAUCACCUUCGCAAAGCUGAGUGACUUCGCAGACACCCUGGAGCACCCUCUCCGCAUUCCCAAGCCCAACACCAUCGAGCUGAUCGCCAUGGACAUGCCCAUGGUCAGCGGCGACCGCAUCCACUGCCUGGACAUCCUGUUUGCCUUCACCAAGCGUGUGCUGGGCGACAGUGGCGAGCUGGACAUGCUACGCACGCAGAUGGAGGAGCGCUUCGUGCAGGCCAACCCCUCCAAGGUGUCGUACGAGCCCAUCACCACGACACUGCGCCGGCGCCAGGAGGACAUAUCCGCACGUUGCAUCCAGAAAGCCUACCGCGCUCACCUCCUCAAACGGGGCUUCAUCUGCAAGUGCAGGCCGAAGACCAAGCUGGAGAAUGGUGGGACCAACAACGAGGAGAAGAAAGAGAGCACACUCUCCACCGCCUCUCUUCCCUCGUACGACAGCGUGAUCAAACCUGACAAGGAGAAACGGGAAGAGAACGAGGGAGAGAGGAGAGAGAGGGAAAGAAAUAAAAAAGAUGAGCGGGAAUCAAAAUUUUAGUCAGGGUUCAGUGACUGUCAUUAUUACAAUAAUACACACAGCCAGAAGGGACUCUGAGCCCAAUAAACAGACAAAUGUAGAAAAAAUAUAAUUUGCAAGUUUUAAAAAAAUGUACGAAAACUACACAUUUUUUUUUACAGACUUCAGUUUAACACAAAAUGAAGGAUCAAGAUUCGGCGUUGGAUAGAUAGGGUCAGUUGAAGCAAAACACAGAUGGCGAUGUACAUGUUUCCCACGAUAAGAAUUUAGUUAGGACACCAUCAUUAUCACUAAAGGAUUUUACUGCCUGAUGAUAAAUGUCUUCUUUAUUUCUUGGAAAUAAUGUGAGGAAGAACAACGAUAAUAUAAAUAAUGAUCAAUAAUAACUCAAUAAUAGUGUGCCCGCCAUUGGCAUUCUAUAUAUUAAAAUAUAUGUUCAGGAUCAUCGAAAAGAAGGGAGAAACCUCUGCAAACAAGAUGGAGGGAGAUUUAUUGGCACAAUUGAGUCUCUGACUGCCAGUACCCUGUGUGGAUGAGCCCCUGCAGCGAAAUGUCCACCACUAUGGGAGCACCUCAGGAGAGGAACGGGACGGAACCUAUGUUACAGAACCUUCUAGAACUGUUCUACUACGCAGUCUGACAUGGUCUCAGUAACAUCCACUUCCUGCACUGUCGUUCUUUUCAAGUUUUAAAUACGAAGAAUGAACGUUUAGAGAAAGAAAGAAAACAGAACAGUUUGUGCUGAAAAUACUUUUAUCUUUACAUUAUUUGAGCAGCAAAAAAAAUGAGAACAAAUAACAUUUAGCCCAUGUCACACUGGUCUCUUUUCAUCUUCUCUCGCUUAGUUAUACGAACAUUAUGAAAAAUACAUUUCAUACAUGGGCUUUCAUACUGUCAGACUGGUUAGGGGGCACAAGUCAGUGUUGAGACUUGGGCUGAAGAAGGGUGGGGACUCGCUCUGACCGACUGAGUCUCAGAUAAAUUAUUGUGCUCGUUCAAUGCAUAGAUAAGACUUGCAUGAAGGCAUGUUUUCAUCAGGAAUCAUGCAUGAUGUAAUCAUAGUCCACGAGACACUAAUGGCUCGACCAUACGUUUGAGGCAGUCCACUGGACAAAUGGUUAUGAGAAAUAGAACUGGAAAAGGAUUGAUAUAUAUAUGACACAUAUAUGUCUAUAUAUACAAUAUUGACGGCAUCAAGUGGUGUGACCUACCGUUCACUAUAAUGUUGCUUUUCAACUGCCAGACCGAUCUUUUUAUGACGCCCAUUUGGGAUUUUACUUGAGUAUGUAGUUACACCCUCAGAGGCAAACCUCUAUUCUGGCACAUUUAUGAAAAACACAAAGUAGAAUUUGAUUAGAUUUUAUUCUGAGAGGGACAAGCAUAGUUUUUGCUGAGUUCUAUCAGGAAUAUAUCUUCAGAAUAAGAAUGAGGAUGCACAGAUUUCAAAGACACUUUUCAGACCGUUCUAAAGAAACCUAAUCGGGGUCUUAUUAAGAGACCCUGGUUUUUACAUCAAAUGUUUACUACCUUUACCUUUGUUGCUACGGUUACCACCCUUACCUGUGGUCUCCAACAAACUCCCUCUUGUUGUUGUGGCAGUACGAACAGGCAAUGUUUGAUGCCAUAUCCUGUAUAUCCAUAUCCUGUAUAUCCAUAUCCUGUAUAUCCAUAUCCUGUAUAUCCAUAUCCUGUAUAUCCAUAUCCUUCACAGAUCAAUGUCAGUUAAAAUUCUAUAAUACUCCUCCAAUGCUUUGUCUGUCUGCGGACAGGGAAGAGUGAGACAUGUAUCAGUGGUACUGUAGGGGAGGAUGAUGGGAAAUGUUGAAACAGCUGAUAUACUGAUGCUUCCAUAGAUCCUUUCUUCUGGUUUUUAUUUGAUUCACUUCUGUCACUCCGUCAGUUCCCUGUUAGACUAUCGUUCACUGUGGCCCAGUGGCACGUCGAUAGACACUUUGAGUUUCCAGCUCUGAAAUAUGUAGAUGUCCUCUGUCACUCCAUCUGUUCCCUGUUAGACUAUCGUUCACUGUGGCCCAGUGGUACGUCGAUAGACACUUUGAGUUUCCAGCUCUGAAGUAUGCAGAUGUCCUCUGAUGCAAUGCAAUCCUUCUCAGAAGAAAGUUUGAAUUUCAAGCAGUGAGAAUGUAUAUGGCAUAGUAGUUCGUAUCCCAGAGAAAAGUCUGCCGAUGUUGCUCCUGUAAGUCGCUCUGGAUAAAACCGUCUGCUAAAUGACUAAAAUGUAAAUGUAAAAUGUAGUUCAUCUAUAAAGCAGCAUAGACACAUACAAGUGACAUAUAAGUACGAGGGUACAUAGAGGAGACCAUGGAGGGUACAUAGAGGGGGCCGUGGGGGUACAUAGAGGAGACCAUGGA